UGUCAGCCCCCGAUUUCGUGGCAGGGUGUGGCGGACCCGAUUUCUGUUUGCAAGCACUGCCAGCAGCCCAAGAGCCAGGUCCCAAGGCUGGAUAACUUUUGCCUCGGCUGCUGGCCGGGGCCUCAGAGUCUUGAGCGCAGGAGGCCACCGAGCGUCGGCCGGAGCGGAGCGCAGUGCGCCAUGGCCGACCGGCCGGCGGCGGGCCCGGCGGCCGGGGACUGGGAGAUCGACGUGGAGAGCCUGGAGCUGGAGGAGGACGGCCGCGGGCCGCCGCCAACCACCCCGCCCGGGCCCAGCCCGCCGUCGGCCGACGGGGACGGCGAGGACGACGAGGACGACGAGGACGACGACGACGCGGAGGACGAGGGCGACGGCCUGGACGCGGGCGCGUCCCCGGGGGGGCCGGGCGGGCCGGAGCAGCCGCGGGCCCCACGGCCGGGGCCAAGCCCGGCGCCGCAGGCCUCGCCCGCGCCGGCCCGGCCCCCGGAGCGCGGCGCGAACGCGGGCGGCGGCGCGGAGCCGCGCAAGCUCAGCCGCACGCCCAAGUGCGCGCGCUGCCGCAACCACGGCGUGGUGUCCUGCCUCAAGGGCCACAAGCGCUUCUGCCGCUGGCGCGACUGCCAGUGCGCCAACUGCCUGCUGGUGGUGGAGCGCCAGCGCGUCAUGGCCGCCCAGGUGGCGCUCCGGAGGCAGCAGGCCACGGAGGACAAGAAGGGGCUUUCCGGGAAGCAGAAUAAUUUCGAGCGCAAAGCCGUGUAUCAGAGGCAAGUCAGGGCACCCAGUUUGCUGGCCAAAAGCAUUUUAGAAGGCUACCGCCCCAUUCCAGCCGAGACUUAUGUGGGAGGGGGCUUACCCCUACCUCCCCAGGUUAGUGACCGGAUGCGGAAAAGGCGGGCCUUUGCCGAUAAAGAACUGGAGAACAUAAUGCUGGAGAGAGAAUAUAAAGAGAGGGAGAUGCUGGAAGCGUCCCAAGCCACUGCCUUGUUCCUGCCCAGCCGCCUGGGGCACGGACCGGAGUACAACUCCUACCAAAGCGCCUACAGCCCCACCCCAGUGGAGCCGGCGAACAAAGACUUCUGCAAUUUCCUGCCCACCUGCCUUGAUCUCACCAUGCAGUAUUCAGGGUCUGGGAAUAUGGAGCUCAUCUCUUCCAACGUCAGUGUGGCCACGACUUACAGGCAGUAUCCCUUGUCCUCGAGAUUUUUAGUUUGGCCCAAGUGUGGCCCCAUCAGCGACACUCUUCUCUAUCAGCAAUGCCUGCUAAACACCACCACCUCGGUUCAAGCCCUGAAGCCCGGCAGCGGCUGGGACUUGAAGGGAGUGCGGGUCCAGGACGGACUUGUGGCAGAACACGACUUGACGCCCCCCAAGCUAGAAGGCUCGCUGCUGCUGCCUCACCCUGCGGAGGUCCAGACGUCGAGAAGUGACCUUCAGGGUCACCAGGCCGUCCCCGAGAGGUCUGCCUUCUCCCCACCCAGACGGAAUUUCUCAGCACUUGUUGACACGGACUCCCUGGCGGCUCAAGGGGACGUCUUAACCAAGAUCAGCAAAGAAAGCGCCAGGCACCCUCUACCACUUAAACAUAAUCCAUUCCACUCAUUAUUCCAGCAAACUCUUCAUGACAAAUCAGGCCCUGAGUUGCAAACACCAUUUGUCAAAGAGGCCUUUGAAGAGGUCCCUAAGAAGCACAGGGAGUGUCUAGUCAAGGAGAAGCAGAGGUACACAUUUACAAUAGACAGAUACGCCAAAGACCUUUUCGUAGCCAAACAAGUCGGAACAAAACUGUCUGUGAAUGAGCCGCUGUCAUUUUCUGUUGAGUCUAUUCUUAAGAGGCCUUCAUCUGCCAUCACUCACGUCUCUCAGUGAAAGGCUGCUUACAGGGAAAGCUGGAUUUUCUGCCGUCUCAGAGGGUUCUUACCAGUUGCUAAUUUUUUUUUUUAAAGAAAAAAAAGCUAAGAUGUUUGUCUAAAGAAAUUUCUAAUGUAAAUGGUGAUGAUUUAAAAAAUGAUAUCUAUUCAUAUGCAUGUACUUUUUCUCCCAUAAAUAUAUUUAAACCUAAAGAUGGAAAUUGCUUACGUGCAAACUGUAAAGUUCCGUGCUUUACACCGCAUUUCAAAAAGCAAUAAAGUUGACACUGUCUUCUCAAAGACCCAGUAUUUGCAGAAUUACCUAGUUGUCUCUGUCUAUAAGAAAAACUAGUGUCCAUGAAACAUGUUCCUUGUUUUUCUGUGAUUCUGCAUAGUUUAAAAUGCUCCCAGUGGUGGUCCCUGGGGGCCACAGGAGAUAGCUUAUAGUGCCUUAGUUUUGCAUUUUAGAGGCUGUGUAAAUAUAGCUACUCAAAAUUGAGGCAAAAAAUAGCUUUAAGGAGCAUAGAACAGCUUUGCCUGUUUCUAGAAUCAUAAUUUUGCGUGAUGGGACAAAGUGGAAUUAAUUUGCAGGAAGAUCAAGUUUAAGAUCUUGUUUUUAUGGUGAUCUGAGUUCUUGGGAUGGAUGUCUUUUAGCUCUUGGCAUCCUAGUUUCCUUUCCUGACAGGAGGUGUACCUGGGUCCUCAAGCUUCCUUUCCAGAUUGAGCUUUCUAGGCCGUCUAGGCGGCUAGCGCUCCCAGAGCAGAUUCACUUGUCAUCAGACUGUAUGGUUGAGCCCCUCACAGCUCUGUUAUUUCACUGUUUCCUAAGGACCGGAGACAGCAGACACCGAAAGGGGGACACGGUCACGACUCUUCCGUGUCCAGCUUGAUGUCCCACAUUGUCACCAGUGCCAAAGGCUUUUGGCGUAGCUUUAAACAAAAUCACGUUCAGAUCGCUUCAGCUGACAGUGCAUUCAGUCUUCACAGCAUGAGGGUGACUUCUGGAGUCUUAACCCCACCCCUCCAUUUUUGAGUUUAUUACUACCUUCUAGUUUUGCUCAAUAAAAUGUUAGUUACUGUUCUCUAUGA